AUGGAGGCUGUGAUGGAGGCGGAGCAAGAAGCUCUUGUGGAGGCCAGACUAAAGAGGUUUACAGAAGCUCUGCAAAAAAAGAUUGCAAUGAGAAGGCAGAGAGGAAUCGUAACCCCUAGUGAGUCAUAUCAAUUCUUCACUGGACAAAUUCCAGAGGAAACAGAAAUCAAAGAAAUUAAAAAGAGCAAAGACAUAAAUAACAAAAAAGAAAAGGUUACAGCAAAACCACCAAUUGUAACUGAACAUUUUGAAGAUGAAGAGAUGGAGGAAGUGGUAAUUUGCCAUUUUAAUUGCAUAUUUGGUUGGAUUUGGAAUGUGAGAAGGAGUAAUGAAGGAAACGGUGAAGGAAGCAGAAAAGUAAGAGAAAAGAAAGAAAAAAAGAGAGAGAACAAAAUGAAAAGCAAGAGAUGAAAGAAAUGCAAAAAAAGCAAUAAAGAAACAGGAAAGGGGCGGGACUUCCGGUCUCACGGAAUAGUCGCAUGGAGUGAGAGCUCCGAGACCGGAACGGCCUAAAGUGACAAAUUACAGCUUUGGGACCUAAAACUGACCCGAACAGGGGCCCGGACCUGAGGGGAUCUCACCCUGCCAGAUGGCGCCCCCAAAAGCACAGCGAGCAUCGGACUUCUUACACCAAGGUCGGCGAGACAAAUCCCGGCCGGAGCAAGAUGGCGGCGGCUCACACUCCCCAACAUCUGCCUCAGAUCCGGGAUCGGAUACAGAGGCCCUGCAGCCUUUCCCUGGGGAUAUCUCCAUGUUGGAGGAAAAAAUGGCGGCAAUGCUCCAUGAAGGAAGACCUCCAACUGGUGGUAAACGUCAUCCGCAGGGAGGUACACAAGGUGGGGGGCCGCCUAAACGUCCUCGAGGAGAAAACAGAUGAUCAAUGCCAUGCCAACGACUGCAUUUUGGAGAAGACCCGCACAUUGGAAGCAGAGCAAGUGUGCCUAACAACCAAACUAGCGGACCCAGAAGACCGAUCGUGCCGAAACAACAUCCGGGUGCGUGGGGUCCCUGAGUCUAUCUUGGGAGUGGACAUCCCAGGGUAUCUCCAACAGCUCUUCAAAGCUAUCCACCCGACACUGGAACUGACAGACUUGUGCUUAGACAGGGCGGACAGAGUACCCCAACCUGCUUCCCUAGCACAUGAUAUACCAAGAGACAUUGUCACAGGACUCCAUUACUUCAACGCCAAGGAGGCCAUACUCACAGCGCAACACCAAUCCACGGCGAUGCCAUCUGGCUAUGGCAGGAUUUCCCUGUUUGCUGAUCUGUCCUCCAUGACAAUGACAUGA